UUCGCGAGAAGAUGUUUCCGCUCGAAGAUCUACCAAUUUAUCAGAAAUCUACCAGUUUCAAUUUUUCUGGGAAAAUAUCGAUCGCGGCAGGACAAAUGAUAGGCGACGAUUCGAAGGAGCUUUUGUCAAGUUCCGAGCGGUGGUGGACGAAGCGUGUGAUUUUUCUCGCGCUGGGAUGGCGUAAGAAACGAUUCACCGUGACCGAUGAAAGAUUGCUCGACGAUCGAUCGAAAUGGCGAUGAUCGGUCAAUUGCGAUCGAUGAUGGACAACCUGAGCGACGUUUACUAUCUCGUGCAGCUGAUCGUUCGUCCUGUAUUCGUCUACUUACGGGAUCUGAUUCUGCACAAAUUCGUCUGGCUGGUCGCGACGAACGACGAGGUCGACUACUCGGACUCGAAGCAACGGGGAAUCGCCACCAGGAACAUCACCGGCGACGUCUUAGCCUUCUCCGUUCUCUGCACCGUUCUCUUUCUCAUCGCCAUGCUCACGUCCAAGUGCGAGAAGGACGAAGAACGACCUUACGUCUCCGCAGCCAUCGAAACAGUAUCCUCGGACGUCCAAGAAGGCACCCAUCCCUAUUACGUUCCCAGCGCAGCUUCCAGCUCGACGAACUGCUUCUACGCCUGCGGCGACCUGAUCCGCGUCCCUGAACGUAUCCCAACGAGGAGUCCCUCCGACGACAGCUUAUCCAGGGUUCGCGUCGUACACCGCAAGCGUAGCAAAGGCAUCCUGAAGAAGUCCAUCUUCAGUCUAAGCUGCGCUUGGCCGCAAAAUUCGCAGAGCACCCAAACCGAGAAGACGUUUCACAAAACCAGCCAAACUUGGCUGAUCAGGCGAACCAGGAGCGGCCAUAUCUACGGGAAGUACCGCGUUUAGCCAGCGCAGUGAUGGGCGAAAAUCUGAAGUUUGCCGAUAUGUUUGUCUCCUUUCAUCUUUUCUACAUUUUCCAUAGAAAGAAACGAGAC